AUUAAUAAGCAUUCUCUCCAAAUGAAGACAUCACAGCCUCAUUCCUAACAUAGAAAGUUAUUUAUUUCAAAUACAAUUUUGGUGGGUAAAUAAGGCAGUGCAUUCCUUCAACAGAGGACACUUUCAGGAGAGCAAGAUAUGUCCGAGUGAAACACAGCUCCGUCACCAAUUUCAGGCAACUCUUUGGCAACAUCACAUCAGCCAUCAACUUAACAGGCUAAAAAUGCCACUUUUUGGCUGGAUGAAAUGGCCCAGAAACGAAUCCUACAAAUCCAGACACUUUCCUGGCUCAGACGUAGUGACAAAGACUCUGCUUCGGGAAUUAAAAUGGCACCUAAAGGAGCGAGAGAGAUUAAUACAAGAAAUCGAAAAUGAACAAAAAGUGAAAAAAACAGGUGUGGAUUACAACUGGCUCAGAAACUACCAGAAUCCCCACACAACUAUCCCAGUGACUGAACAAAGACAACUUGAAGUUCUCUGCUCACAAGUUCAACCCUGCCAAACUGGAACUAUUCUCAGCAGAUUUCGAGAAGUUUUGGCAGAAAAUGAUGUACUGCCAUGGGAAAUAGUCUACAUCUUCAAGCAAGUUCUGAAAGACUUCCUAAGCAGCUCUGGCAGAGGGAGUGAGCAAGAGGACCUGGAGCACUCAGGGAGCAUGGCCUGCGCUGCUCCUUCUGUGAUCCCAGGCAAAGAUGAAAUACCCACCAUUUCCAGUUACGUAGAUAAAAACACAAAGGACAGGUUCCCAGGGUUCUCACACAGAAUAUGGAACCUACCAUAUCAUCACCCACCUAGUUAAGCUACUUAUAACUAGAGGAGUUUUUAUGACCACCUUAGAACUCUUAAUGUUAAGAAUAAGAAAAAGUGAUGUGACUUGAAGUUUUUCUUUGUUACAAGGUCAGUAUCCUGUGGAUGUAUCCUAUGUUUUAAAUAGUAUCCUUUUUUUAACUACUCUAAACAUGCUAUGUUUUCAUUGAAUAGUAUGCUUUUAACUAAAAUGUUUCCUAAGUAUUUUGAAAAAAUGUUUGAAGUAUUUUCUUAUACCUCAAACCCACCUCACAGGAACUAAAUCAACUUUAGUAUGAAGUUUGACAAAUUCUGUACAAAACUUAGAUAUUAACCUUGACUUUUAUUCUAUAAUAAAGCUACAUAUAGAAUUAAAUAAAUGAUUAAUGUGAAUC